ACAACAUAAAGACCAUAAUUACGCGAUCGGUGCUGGAUUGCAACGCGUCAUUUUGUUUUGAGAAACAGCGAGAGCAGCAACACCAGAUCGAUUGCACCAAUGUUGACCACUGACCGACAUUGUUCUGUUCUCGCGUUUCGUGUGAUGAAGGCGUUUCUCCGCUUGCUUUUGCUCGACCUUCUUUUCGAGUGGAGAGGCAACAGCUCGUCACCGUCAACAGCCACUACAGUUCUCGUACGCAGCGGCGCUUCCGCACCAGCAGCCGGAGUUGCAACUGCUCCGGACGACAAACACUCUGGUACACGAGGACAAACAAUCCAUCUUCCCGUUGGUGAAGCAGCUGCGGCGGCGAUACAACGCGCACUGGAAGUGUGCUCUGCGAAUCGCGGCACUGAAGACGCGGCAGAAGAAGGACACAACGAAGCCCAUGUUGUAUCCCAACAAGUCGUAGUUACACCAACCCUAUCCUGCCGAGAAGAUUUCACCCGAUUGCGGGGCGCCCUGCAGGUUGCGCGCUACGGACUGAAUCUUCUCACUUUGAUCCGACUAAAUGUGGAAGCACUCGGGGACCUGUUGCGGGACAUUGAUUUCCUCCUGCAAAUGCCCGACCCCGAAGCGGGAGAAGAGACCGCCGCCGUUUUUGAGCAGACCGACCAAACGGUCCUGACGGGGCUACGAGAAUUGGUCUUUCAGCAUCUCUUGCCUCGACUCCGUGCCGAUCAGCGUCAGGGGACGCAAAAAAUGGCACUUCCUCUGCUCUUCGACAGCGAGUACAAGGACGCCAAGACCAGCUCACUGAAGACGGAUGAUGUGCCGGGAACAAGAAAAGGUCGUGGACGCGGAUUUGCGACACAAGAAGAACGCAAUAAAAUAAAUCAGCGAGGAUCUUCUGCUCAAGACCAUGAUCAACAUGAGAAUCAAGAAGUAUACAGGAGCGAAAAAGUUCCCAUGAUCGGGUUCGGCACAUGGCGUCUGAACGGCACGAAAUGCGAAGAAGCUGUCUUCCAGGCCCUGCAAACAGGGGUGCGGCAUUUGGACACGGCGGAGUCGUACGGAAAUCAUCGCUGUUUGAGGAAUGCGAUAAAGAGAAGCAAUGUCAAGCGCGAGGAGCUGUUUCUGACGACAAAGAUUUCUAAUUUUCACACCUUCUACGAAGUGCGGUACGAGAUCACGAAGCAGUUGAAGAUUUUGAACACGGGUUAUUUCGAUCUGGUCCUAAUCCAUCGCUACCCGUUUCACGACUCGACCGCACUGUUGGCUGCCUGGUCAGGGCUAGAGGAGCUGGUUCGGGAGGACAAGACGGUACGCGCACUCGGAGUCUCGAAUUUCGGAUUUAGCGAGCUCGAAUUUCUGGACAAAAACCGCAAGCUCAUGUUAAAACGCGAUACGCACCUGUUUCGAGACGCCAGGAGCAGGGACACUGGGACCAAAACAAGUGCCAAUGAAGCUUCUGGUGACCGCAACACGGAUAGUACAAAUGCAGCAGCCUCGUCGGCCCAGCAAGAAGCGCUCCCC